GGCGCGCUGCCGCUGCGGAGCAUGACGCGCCGGCUGGUGGAGGACGAGGACGUGCGCGGGGUGAUCACCAUGAACGAGGAGUAUGAGACCAGACUCCUGUGCAACUCCGCCCAGGAGUGGAGGCAAGUAGAAGUCGAGCAGCUGCGACUCAGCACAAUAGACAUGACUGGAAUCCCAACCUUGGCUAACCUGCAGAAAGGAGUUCAGUUUGCUCUCAAGUACCAGUCCCUGGGCCGGAGCGUCUACGUGCAUUGUAAGGCCGGGCGCUCCCGAAGCGCCACUAUGGUGGCCGCGUAUCUGAUCCAGGUGCACAGCUGGAGCCCCGAGGAGGCUGUACGAGCCAUCGCCAAGAUCCGGCCGCACAUCCAUAUCAGACCUGGCCAAUUUGAAAUCCUCAAGGAGUUCCACAAGGAGAUUACUGCAGAGGCAGCAAAGAAGGAAGCUGUAUCACCCGUCACAGACAUGAAGCAUGUGGACUAGAAAGAACUCCAGACAACCCUGCUGGCAAUAGAAUGCAAACGCUUAACAGGACCAAUGGGGCUUAAGCCCAGGCAACAUAACGGAAGUGUGCUAAGUAAUGGGUCAUUUUUCUCCCUUUGUCAUGGUUUCGGUUUCCUGAAAUAACACUGUUGUAUGGCUAGAAA